GACUUCUUCAUCGCACAUAAGUUCGACAAAUCGGAAAUCAAAGACUAUUCGGUCCUUUUGUCGAUUCCCGACUCCCAUGACUCCAAUUAUAUUGAAAUCAUUGAUCAAAACAAUAACAAAACUAUUUAUACAUCUCUUGGCGCCGAUAAGAGAGGGUCCGAUUCUUUGGGCGCAUUCUGUGCCUACUCUCCAAACAUUGACAUUAAAAAUUCAGUAAUAUUUGUAAACUACGGCCGACUCGGCGACUACCAGAUCCUAUCAAAUGUGUAUAACAUAACUCGUGACACAAUCGCUGGUAAAAUCUUAAUCGCCAAACAAUUUCACUUAACAGCUGAUGAGCAGAUGUCAUUUGCUCACCAAAUGGGAGCGGCAGCUCUUCUCUUAUAUCCCGAUCCCGAACACUACAAUCCGCCAUCACUUGGUCUCAAACCGUUUCCAAGCUCUCAAUACAUGCCUUCCGAUGCCAUUCGACACGACUCUCUCAUCUGGAAUGGAUUGGGAGAUCCGCAAACACCAGGAUAUGCGGCCACUUCUUAUGCACACCGUUUGCCAUUACAGUCACUUCAUUUGCCGAGUAUUCCGGUCCAACCGAUCAGUUUUGAAAACGCAUUGCAAAUCCUGAGUCGACUCGACGGAAGCAAAGCUCCCAAAGCGUGGAAUAACGGGUCGAAUACAACAUACAAUUUAGGGCCCGUAAUCAAUUUCAGAACACCUCUGGUUAUCCAUAUCUCUACCAAAUCAUUAAAAGCCAUUCUUAGGGACGGAAGGGUUAUAAACAUGUCAUACGAAUCACAAGAAUUGCGUUAUUUACUACUCAAUCAGGUAUCACAACAUCAAGUGUUUGCCAUUCAAGCGCUGGCAAAACCAAUGGGUUGGAGAGUCCUAUCACUCAAUAUAAACGUAGGCGUCGGCCACGUAGAGCCCAUCGGUACGGCCUCUUCCAUAGUAUUGGUUUCACCGAAUGGCGAUCGAAUAAUAGCGAUCAGAUGUGGACCGCAUUCAGGAAUUGAGGUGAAGAUGUGUAGUUCGCCUCAAGAGUUCUACGCGAGUGCUUUAGUUCGGGACCGAAAGUGGCAGAACCUGACCGGCAGUUACCGUGAAGUCGAUUGGGAGCGCAUUGAGGGCAAGAAUUUCAUCAAUAAAAUUGAAUAUCUUAUGGCAAGUCUUGCCAACUAU